AUGGACGGAGUGUCGGCCAUGAAGGGCGGCCUCUUGGAAGAUGGAUCCCGCAGCGGCACCACGGCUGGUCCUGACGCCCUCCCGCAGCCCCUGGGCCCUCCGGCGCCAGCUGGCCAGAGGGAUGGAGCCCAGCGUGCCAGCACCGUGGCGGACAGAGCUACGGAUGAAGGAGCAAGCCCCGACGGGCCCAGCGAGGGGGACGCCUGUCAGAACGGGCCGAUGCCACAGCUCCCCAGCCCGCCGUCGGCUCUCAGUCCCACCAAGAGCCCAGCGGGUCCUGCUGCGCCUCCAGGUGUGGCUGGUUUCCAUGACAACCUAAGGAAGUCUCAGGGGACUAGUGCUGAGGGCAGUGUUAGAAAAGAAGCUUUGCAGUCUCUCAGACGCAGUCUUCCUAUGCAAGAGACGCAACUGUGCUCAGCAGAGGCCCCGCUGCCGCUGGAGAAGGAGGAGCAGGUGCGACUGCAGGCUCGGCGGCGGCUGGAGGAGCAGCUCACGCAGUACAGGGCGAGGCGCCAGCAGGAGCGCUCCAGCCAACCUGCAACUAAAACAAGACCUUUCAGCACACUGGACCCUGAGCUCAUGUUGAACCCUGAAACCUUACCCAGGGCCAGCACCGUGGCGAUGACCAAGGAGUACUCCUUCCUGCGCACCAGUGUGCCUCGAGGCCCGAAGGUGGGCAGCUUAAGGCACCUGGCACAUUCUAAGGAGAAGAAAAGUUCCAAAUCAAGCAAAAUCCGGUCCCUGGCUGAUUACAGAACUGAAGACUCAGAUGCCGGGAAUUCGAGUGGAAAUGUUCUGGCCACAGACUCCGCCAGGGGCUCCCUGAAGCAGAACCGAGGCAGCAUGACUUCAGUGGUGUCUGAGGUCAGCCUGGGCCCGGAAGCCGAGGACCUGGAGAACUCGUCCCUUCCCGGAGACAUGUCUGAGGCCGACGGGAACGAGAGCGACAGCUCUUCCUACAGUGGCGUCUCCAUCCGGGGGGUGCACGGCCUGCUGAUGAACAGCGUGGGUACGCAGGAAGCAGCCUAUGUGAUCAACGGCCAGGAGAUCGCCUCCAGCUCUCUGGGCCAGUUCCCGUCCAUCACGGAUGUCCUCCAGGCCGCUGCCGCUGAGCACCGAGACCGGGGCCCGGAGGUCAAUGGGGAGACGCGGAGCCGGACGGACAGCAUCUGUAGCAGCGUGUCCAUGGAGGGGUCUGUGGCUGAAACGCAUGAUGAGAUGCUGCAGGUUCUUAAAGAAAAAAUGAGACUUGAAGGACAGCUGGAAGCCUUAACCCAAGAGGCUAGUCAGGCACUGAAGGAGAAGGCGGAGCUGCAGGCGCAGCUGGCCGCCCUGAACACGCGGCUGCAGGCGCAGGAGGAGCAUAGCCACAGCAGCCAGCGGAAGCAGGAUGCACUCAGCUCGGAGGUGGACACCUUGAAGCAGUCCUGCUGGGACCUGGAGCAGGCCAUGAGUGACCUGCAGAACACGCUGGAGGCCAAGAACGCCAGCCUGUCGUCCUCCCACCGCGACCUGCAGGUGGCAGAGGAGCAGUACCAGCGCCUCCUGGCCAAGGUGGAGGAGAUGCGGAGCAGCAUGCUCAGCAAGGACAGCACCGUGCACGACCUGCGGCAGCAGAUGGCGGCCCUGCAGAGCCAGCUGCGGCAGGUGCAGCUGGAGCGCACGACGCUCACCAGCCGGCUGAAGACGUCCCAGGCUGAAAUCGCGUCUCUGCAGAGCGUCCGGCAGUGGUACCAGCAGCAGCUCGCCCUGGCCCAGGAGGCCCGGGUCAGACUGCAGGGCGAGAUGGCCCACAUCCAGGUGGGACAGAUGACCCAGACGGGCCUCCUGGAGCACCUGAAGCUGGAGAACGUGUCCCUGUCGCAGCAGUUGACGGAAACCCAGCACAGGUCCAUCAAGGAGAAGGAGCGCAUCGCCCUGCAGCUCCAGGGCAUCGAGGCUGACAUGUUGGACCAGGAAGCUGCCUUUGUGCAGAUCCAAGAGGCGAAGACGAUGGUGGAGGAGGACCUGCAAAGGAGGCUGGAGGAGUUCGAGGAGGAGAAGGAGCAGCUGCAGAAGAUGGCGGCCUCCGCAUCGGCCCUGGAGCAGCAGCUGGAGCAGGUGAAGCUAACCCUGCACCAGCGAGACCAGCAGCUCGAUGCCUUGCAGCAGGAGCACCUGGACCUGCUGAAGCAGUUCACCUCGACACAGGAGACGCUGCAGGGCCGAGAGCAGGCGCUCGGCGACCUGCAAGUGCGCUACGAUGAGCUGCAGGCCCGGCUGGAGGAGCUGCAGGGCGAGGCCACCUCCAAGGACGACGCCAUCCGCUUCCUGCAGAACGAGAAGAUUGUCUUGGAGGUGGCUCUGCAGGCGGCCAAGAGCAGCGGCGAGGAGCUCGACAGAGGAGUCAGGAGCUUGGAAGAAGGUGCUGAGGAAACGUCGGGAAUCUUGGAGCAGCUGAGACAGGAAUUAGCCGUUAAGUCCAGCCAGGUGGAGCACCUGCAGGAAGACGCCAGUUCUCUGAAAAAGCAGAUGCAGAAAAUAAAGGAGCAGUUUCUUCAGCAGAAGGUGAUGGUGGAGGCCUACCGGCGGGACACCGCCUCCAAAGACCAGCUCAUCAGUGAGCUCAAGGCCACGAAGAAGAGGCUGGCCUCGGAGGUGAAGGAGCUGAGGCAGGAGCUGCUGCAGCUUCACGGGGACAAGAAGUCCGUGGAGGCGGAGCAGGCGCGCCUGCAGAAGGAGGUGGCCCAGGUGCAGCAGCAGAUGGCGGCUCUCGAGGGGCAGCUGGAGUCGGCACAGAGGGAGCGCGACGAGAUGGAGACCCACCUGCAGGCUCUGCAGAUCGACAGGCAGCAGGUGGCUGCACUGACCGAGGCCAACAAGGGGCUCCAGGCUCAAGUGGAGGAGCUGCGGCAGGAAGCCGCCAGGGCCAUCACCGAGCAGAAGCAGAGGGUGACACGGCUGGGCUCGGACCUGAGCAGCGCUCAGAAGGAGAUGAAGAGCAAGCAUAAGGCCUACGAGAGCGCCGUGAGCAUUCUGAGCCGCCGCCUGCAGGAGGCCCUCACCGCCAAGGAGGCAGCGGAGGCUGAACUGAGCCAGCUGCGAGCCCAGGCGGCCAGUGGAGCCAGCAGCCUCACAAUGCACGAGAGAAUCCAGGCCCUGGAGUCGGAGUUGCAGACCGUGGGCCACAGCAAGGUGAUGCUGGAGAAGGAGCUGCAGGAGGUCAUCGCUCUGACGAGUCAGGAGCUGGAGGAGUACCGGGAGAAGGUGCUGGAGCUGGAGGACGAGCUUCAGGAAUCCAGAGGCUUCCGGAGGAAGAUAAAGCGCCUCGAGGAGUCCAAUAAGAAGUUGGCUCUGGAGCUGGAGCACGAGCGAGGGAAGCUCACUGGCCUGGGACAGUCCAACGCGGCUCUGCGGGAGCACAACAGCGUGCUGGAGACGGCGCUGGCCAAGAGGGAGGCCGACCUGGUGCAGCUGAACCUUCAGGUUCAGGCCAUCAUGCAGCGCAAGCAGGAGGAAGACCGCCAGAUGAGGCAGCUCGUGCAGGCCUUGCAAGCUGCGCUGGAGAGAGAGAAGCAGGAAGUGCAGAGCCUCAGGGAGCAGGUGGCUGCAGCCAAAGUGGAAGCGAGGAACAACCAGCGCCACCUCAAGGCCGCCACCUUGGAGCUGAGCGAGGUGAGAAAGGAGCUGCAGGCCAAGGAGCUCCUGGUGCAGACGCUGCAGGCGGCGGCCGAACGUCUCCAGCUGCAGGAGGGGACACAUGCCCAGGAAGUCGCCCAGUUCCAGGCAGAGCUUUCGGAGGCACGGACCCAGCUGCAGCUCCUGCAGCAGCAGUUGGACGAGCAGCUGAGCAAACAGCCCGUGGGCAACCAGGAGAUGGAAAACCUCAAGUGGGAGGUGGAUCAGAAGGAGAGAGAAAUACAGUCCCUGAGGCAGCAGCUGGACCUGAGCGAGCAGCAGAGCAGGCGGGAGCUGGACGGGGCCGAGCGUGCCCUGCAGAACAUCAAGUCUGAGCUGGAAGUGAUGCGGGAAGACCUGUCCAUGACCCAGAAGGACAAGUUCAUGCUUCAGGUGAAAGUGUCGGAGCUGAAGAACAACAUGAAAACUCUGCUCCAGCAGAACCAGCAGCUCAAGCUGGACCUGCGGCGCGGCGCGGCCAAGGCGAGGAAGGAACGGAGAGGCGAGGCCAGCCCUUCCAGCCCCGUCACGCCGGUGAAGGUCCCUGACUGCCCCGUGCCGGCCUCGCUUCUGGAGGAGCUGCUGAGGCCGCCCCCCGCCGUGAGCAAGGAGCCCCUGAGGAACCUCAACAGCUGUCUCCAGCAACUCAAGCAGGAGAUGGACAGCCUCCAGCGCCAGAUGGAGGCUCACGCCGUCACUGUGCACGAGUCGCUGUCCUCCUGGACUCAGGGGGACCCUGCUGCCAGCCCCGUUUCCCUGGGCGACCAGGCCCGCCCCGGAGGAGACACCGAGCCGCCGCUGGGAACAGCCUCUGCCGAGCACCCCCAUGCCGAGUGUGUGUGA